AGGCGGCGCGCCGUGGUGACGUAGCAGCUCUGCGACGCUGAGGCAGCGAUGGCGGCGGCGCGGCGUGCGGGGUCCGAGCAUGGGGCUUUGGAGAGCGCUGGCGGCGCGGCCCGACGCCCGCAGCGGAAGCGGUUGUGGAGGCCCACGGCAAUGCACGGCCUUCUGGGGAGCGUCCAGCAGGGACGAGGAUUUGCAUUUCGGAGAAAACAGAAGAUUGAAAGGAAAUACAGGAAAUUAUUGAAGAAGGAGCAGAAGAUCUGUUCACCACGGGCUGAUCAAUUCACAGAUACUUACCCAGAGCAUCUGAAGCAUCUUUACCUAGCGGAGGAGGAGAGGCUGAAGAAACAGCACAAGUCUCCAAAUGAUUCAGUUCUAUCAGAAGAAAAGCUUAAUAAAGCAGUAGAACCAGUCACAACUGAAGGAAAGUUUAAGAAAAAAACAUCCAAUCAGAAGGCAAAAGAAGAGUAUGAAAAAAUACAGGCUGAGCGUGCUAAGAAGAGAGAGGAAGCAGAAAAAAGAAAACAACAAAGAGAAGCAGCUCAGAGGUUGUACAAGCAAAAGAAAAUGGAAGCUUAUAAAAUACUGAGUAGGAAGACCAAGAAAGGACAGCCAAAUCUAAAUGCACAAAUGGAGUUUCUUCUUCAGAAAAUACAACAAAAGACAUAAACCUCUGCAUAAACCUCCAUUACAGGUUUUGAGUUACAUGUGGACAUUUUAUUAAAUGACUUUUAAUAAAUAAUCUCUUUUUGCUUCUUCAUGACUUUUUGCCACUGGCACGAUUUAUCUCAGUCCAAUUGUGGAAGAUAUUUGCCCUGAAUAUCUUAGGAAUAUUCUGUUCCUGAGAGUCAGUGAGACCUGGUACUUUGAAAAUAAAUGGGCCAUGUUAAUAAAAUUCUAUUUGUGUAAUGUCCUGAAUUCCAAAUCAUUAGAUCUUGGAACUGUCUGAACACGAAUUUAUGUUUGUUUUAUAGCUCCUAACUCUUCCUGCUGCUGUAACUACUACAGUCAUGCUUACUGGAGAGGAGCAAAAUGAGUGGAGUAAAAUGCGACAUGGUUGAUAAUCUCAUGAACUGCCAAGGAGAGGAGUAUUCUCUGGGAUAGGAUUUGGCACAUGAAAACAACAAAAAUUAUACUAGGUUGGCUAUUAUUCCCCUUAAAACUUUACAAAAGUUAAAAAAUGUUUUAAAAUUGAAGUUAUGGUAUGUUUCAAUCGUCUUCAUCACAAAAUAUGUAUGAUUGUAAACAAAGUGUGGCUUCUUAAAUGAGAUGGAUUGAGUGGAUUGGUUGAAGUUUUGUUUUGCUAAAUAUGUCCUCCUUUUUCUGUGGAAUUUUUCUUUAUUCUAUGGAAUAUAUAUAUAGAAAAAUAAUUCUAAGGAGUUUGAGGUGUUAGACUGAUCUUUGUGGGUCCCUUCCAAGUUGGGGUGUUCAAUAAUUCUGUGAAAUCUUGAUUUGGAGAUUUAAUUAGUGAUUUUUAACUUAAAAAUUAAAUUAGAAUUAAAAAGUUUGUAUUGAAAUUAAUAAAAAUUCUCAAGGCAUGCUCUGUAAGAUUUGCAAUACUUUUACAAAUUACAACAUAAUUAUCACAUUUAGAAUUUGAUGUCAACUGCACAAAUGCAGAGUUUUUAUUAUUUAGAAUGUAUGAGAAAUAUAAACAGUUUUGAAUUGUUUGACAAGUACUGUUAAUUGAAGAAUAGUUUAGGAGUUUAGGUUGGCUAAAAUUCUUGUUAUGUCAGUAUCCUGAGGCUUUUUCCAAACGUAAUUAAGCAUUUUGCAAGGCUUGGCAUCUUUUCCUUCUUAUGACUUGAACCCAAGUCAUAAGAAGAAUGUGGGAAACUUUCAGAAAUGGACGUGUCCAUUCUUGUAGGAGACAAUGGGAAAAAAUGACAUGCCAGUAUUGUUCUGUGCUUUCCUGAUAAUUGCUGUAAUUAAAGUCGUCACAGACUGGCUUUGGUUGGAAGGGGUCUUAAAAAUCAUCUAGUUCUGACCCCCCUGCUGUGGGCAGGGUUGCCACCCACUACAUCAGGCUGCCCAGGGCCCCAUCCAUCUUGGCCUUGAACAAAUACCUCCAGGGAUGGAAACUGUCAAUUUUGAAUUGCUCUGCACAGAAACAGUGAAGAGGAAAAAACAACUAUUUAACAGUAAUGCACAAGACUGAAAAUACUUCAUCUAACUUGUGAAUAAUACAAAAGGAAUACCAUCCAUAUAAAUUCAUGGUUGAAAUUCAUCUUUUAUCAUUUGCAUGUCUCUAACCUGUACGAUCUUUUAAAACUCCAGCUAAGGAAAUAUGAAGCACAAGUAUUUAGAAUUGUUAGAUUAAAAAGAUCUCAACUCAGUUUGCCAUUAGCUUAGUUGUAUGUACUGGGCACAAGUCUGUAGGGAUGUCACCUUUCCUGUUUAUAUAGCAAAGAUUUCAGAAAAUGCCAAGUGUUAGACUGAGAAUGUCCGUGGCCAUCUUAGAUUACUCUUACUGCUGUAGAUACUAAUAUACUGCCUGUAUAUCAGUAUCCUUUUAGAGAUGGUGUUUAUCUGUAAAGCAUUUGGAUAAAGUUUGAGCGGUGCAUUUGAGAUUUCUUUUUCUCAUUUUGACUUUACUGUCAAAAUAUUCUGUACAUAUGUUCGAUUCUUCAUGGAGAGUAGGGUAAGGAUAACAUGAGCUAUUUAUUUCUUUAUUUUGGCAUAUCUGAUUUAAUUUUACCACAUCUCACAGAUCAGUUCAAUAAAACAUAUUUGUUUUAGCAAAUUGCAUUCAUAAUUCACUCAAGUAAUUUAAUGGCUUCACAUCAUUCCUCCUUAGCAACAAGAAGUCUCAGUGGUUUUAGGGUGGAAAAGAACAGAAUUUUCUUCUGAAAAGAAAUCUCUUUUUCUACUCGUGUUAUUCUCUGUUUAAGGAUUAGAAGUAGGAGAGGAAUUCAGGAUACAAAGUAUGUGUUCCAUGGUAUUGCUUACAAAAA